CAACCAAUUGUUGAACAGCACGACGUUGGGUAGGUAUAAAAGGACUGAGCGGGUGAGUGCGUGUACUUCGAGACGACAGGUAUAAUUGGCACAUCACAGAAACUAAGCAUGGAGUUCUUGAAAGUCCUCGUGGUUUUGAUCGUAGUUUCACACGGAUCGCUAUCAAAGCCAGUGAGUUCUGAGGAUGAAAUACGUGACAUCGUCGGAAAACUAGAGAGACUCGCAGCAAGCUUAAGACAGUAUGUAGUUGACGGUAGUAGGCCUGAGAAUUCUAUGAGCAGUAUCGUGCCAGAAAGCGGGUCUACGUCAGAAUUCCCUAUCCCCGAUACCAGACCGCUCGGGCUUUGGGGACUCGAUGACAAAGAACUUGAUCCCUCCUCUCCAACAUACAAAUGGCUAUACAAAAUGUUCGGAAAGCUUCUGAAGCCAUACUUCAGCAGUUUCCCAAGUGGACCGUAUUCACUGGAGAUGCAGUUAACACCACGUAAUGUUGUCACAAUGCUGAAUGCAUGGUACAACAACGCUGACCAAAUGAUGACCAAAGAACAGACUUUUGUUAACGUUGUCAGAGAGCUCUUGGAUGCCCAUUUCCAGUGUGCAACGUCAAGAAUCAACCAAAUAGUUUUCUAUGUUUUUAAGGAACAAGUACGUGCAAUGACCGAAGAUGACUGGAAAAUCAACACUCGCGUGAGGAAAGUUCUAGGGAAUUGGAUAACGGAUACGGCCAUUGUGGGCAAAGUCGCCCAGAAAAUUGUUCUGGCAGCGCAUAGACAUGCCUACGGGGACAUAAUGGAGCACAUUGAAUAUUCCCAACUUAAUGAUAUCAUGGAAUUCCUUCCCAAAAUGAAAAUGUUCAUGUGGAAAGCUGAGCAAAAUAAAUGGACACCAGUCGUGUUCAAUGAGAAACUGAAUCAACUUUUGACGGACUAUGACGCUGUCUUUCAAUGUCCGAGUGUGCGUGAUCUUUGGAAAUUCCACCAAACAAUUGUUAGACGUUUUCAAGAGAGGUUAUCCGAAAUCAAACCCUUUGCUGAGACAGAGGCUUGGCUAAAGGAAGUCCUACCCACAUACAUGACUACAGACGCCACCCCCGCCAUUACUGCCAUCCUACAAGUGUACAAGGACUACGUCCAGUCGGUCAUGCUGCAGUUAGAACUAGUGGAGAACCACGUGACCAGCGGAAAUACGGCCGACAUCACGAAUUUCAUGUCCCAAUUCCUCGCACCGCAUCAGCUCCAGUAUUUGCAGUCCAUCUUUGAAUUCAACAUUAAGAAUAUCCGCGAAAUCAUGGAAAUGGGACAAAUAAGGAACGAAAAUACCGGUAACGGACGUUCCAAGGGUAGAUGUACCGAAUUCAAUGAGAGGUGUAGAUGAAACGGACGCAUGGACCGCAUGAUGUAUGAGAUAUCGACAAGUUAUGUCCAAACCGUGUGGAAAGGAUUAUUCCUGACAGAUCAUUGACCCUGUUGUAGUGCUUUCAAAAACUUCUUUGCUUAAAAUAAAAUAUCAAACAUU